AUGGAGCGCAUCCACGAUCAGCUUCCGGACCAUGCAUGCUCCACCAACUGUUCGGCUGCAGAGUAUGUGCCUAUUGUCCUCAACCAUUGUUCGUCGAACUGCAAUAUUGCACAGGCUACCAAGACCCAAGAAAUUGCAAAGCUUCGCAAGACCCUUGAUUUGCUCGAGGCCAGAGGUGAUGCUCGACAAAGCCGUGUCAUCAUUGCUAUGUCGGGGGUUGACGGAUUCUGCACCAACAUUGAUGGUCUGCAUGAAUUCUUCAGAGUCUAUGUCAACAUCGUCAUCACAUUCAUUGUGUUUCACGGGAAGGAUCAACACCAGGUCUAUUCGGCAAAAGAAUUGUUGUCUGCAAUUCAGGACAUUAAAGCGCAGACCAUCAUUUCAGAAAGCCCAUCCCACUUGUUUGUUCUACGCAUGAUCUCUGUCGCUGUUGGAAAAGAGAAACAUGCAGACAGCAACAGGGAUCUUCAACGAAUGCUCACCGAACGUCGAAACAGUGAGUGGGUGCCCUAUGAAAUCAAACGCCCCACGGAGCCUACCGAGAUCGAGGCCGUCACUUUCACACUACCUCCUGAGCAGGCUGGUGUGAUCCUUCGCUAUGGUCUCGAACGAAAUGACAAGGGGCAAUUCAUCUGUCCAAAUCAACCAUGCGCCACCAACUGCAACACAAUUGACAAUAUCAUCAUCCACUUGAUAAGCCAUUGUCGUAUUCAAAGCAAAUGCGUGCUCUGCCCCAUUGGUCUACUCAACGACUUCUCCACCGGGAACUUUAAAGACAGUCCAAACUCUGCUUUCGUCAUCAGCCUCAAGCAACACUUACUGCACCAUCUGCCCCCAACCUACUUCUGCAUGCAUGAAGGUUGCAACAGAUCGUAUCAUACAUCAGACGAGCUCAAGAGACAUCGAGCUUACCAUAAGACUUCCAACGAUGAGAUGGUUCCAUGCCCAAACUGUGGCAAACUGCAAAAGAAGAAAUCUCUUUCCCGUCACAUGGGAUUGUGCUCGGCUGAUGAAAGCACAAAGCAACUACAUCAAUGCGGUACAUGCAAUGGGGUCUUCCCAAACGCUGCCAAGCUCAAUAAUCACAUCCGCAAUGCUCACCAACGAAGAGAUGAAAUCAUAGGCAUCGCAGUCAGUUCAGGACUCCUCAAUGCUGGUGUUCCAGGUUUGGGAUUGGACGCGUCUGCUGCCGUCCAAGGUGCUGUUGAUAACAUACAAUCCGCGCAAACUCAAGAGCAUGGUAACACAGUCUCCAAAGUUGAAAUCUGGCCGCCAAAAGCGAAAGCGAAUGGUCUUAGAACAUCCGACCCCGUUCGCACUCUCUUCCCUGGAAACUGA